GCGGGGCCUGGGACUGCCGCCCAGAGCGACGGGUUGGGCCCGUGCGGUGCGGUGCGGUGUUGUGCGGUGCGCUGCGGUCCGCGCAGGGGGAUGCGCCCGCAGAGAAAGCAGCGGAGCCGGUAGUGGCUGUUGGCCGGAGAAGAUGGCAGAAGGCGCCGGCCCUCAGCGGGCAGAGGAGCAUGGCGGUCAGCGCCCGCCCGUCAGGAGCAGCAGCAGGCCGCGGGAGGAAGGCUCCCUCUCCUCCUCUUCCGGAGGGCGCCUCAUCCCCGUCGUCUUCCUCGCCCUCCUCAUCGACCUGCUGGGGUUCACCCUCAUCCUGCCCCUGCUGCCGUCCAUCCUCGACCACUUUGGCCAGUCCGACGAUCGUUUCUACGCGGCCCUGCAACGCGGCGUGGACUGGUUCGCCGCGGCCAUAGGCGUGCCGGCCGAGAGGAAGUACAACGGCGUCUUGUUCGGAGGUCUCAUCGGCUCCAUCUUCUCCAUCCUGCAGUUUCUGUCCUCCCCGCUGACGGGAGCGGCCUCGGAUUCCUACGGCCGGAGACCCAUCAUGCUCCUGACGUUGGUGGGGCUGAUAGCGUCGUACGCCCUUUGGGCCGUCUCCAGGAGCUUCGGGGGCUUCCUGCUGUCCCGCGUGGUCGGCGGAUUAAGCAAAGGCAACGUCAGCCUCUCGGCCGCCAUCGUCGCCGACCUGCCUUCUCCCAAAGUUCGGAGCAGGGGCAUGGCUAUGAUCGGGAUCGCCUUCUCGCUGGGAUUCACCGUGGGACCCAUGAUCGGCGCCUACUUGUCCGCGGGGACGGGGAAAGGAGCCCCCUUCUACCUCCCUGCGGCCCUGCUCGCUCUCGGCUUCGCCGUCUCCGACCUGCUCUUCAUUUACCACCUCCUGCCGGAGACGCUUCCUGAAGAAAAGCGGGCGCCCUCGGUGAAGUCAGGAUUCCAAGCGGCGGCCGACUUGCUCAGCCCUUUCUCCUUGUUCCAGUUUUCCGCGGUCACCCGAGAGCCCGACGGCCCCCGCGGACAAAACCUCGGGAACCUGAAGGUCCUGGGUGCGGUUUACUUCCUCUACCUGUUCUUGUUCUCGGGACUGGAGUACACCCUCACGUUUGUCACGCAUCAGCGCUUUCAGUUCAGUAGCAUGCAGCAGGGGAAGAUGUUCUUCUUCAUCGGGAUCACCAUGGCGGCCAUCCAGGGAGGCUACACGCGGAGAAUCGAACCGGGCGCCGAGAUCCGGGCUGUGAGACGGGCCAUCCUGCUGCUGGUGCCGGCCUUCCUGCUCAUCGGCUGGGCGCGCAGCCUCCCGGGCCUGGCCGCCGGCCUGCUGCUCUACUCCUUCGCUGCCGCCGUCGUGGUCCCCAGCUUGUCGGCGGUGGUCUCCGGCUACGGUUCGGCCGGUCAGAAAGGAAGGAUUAUGGGGACGCUGAGGAGCCUGGGAGCGCUGGCCAGGGCCGUGGGGCCCGUCCUCGCAGCCACAGCGUACUGGCUGGCGGGAGCCGAGGCGUGCUACACCCUGUGCGCCACGCUCUUCCUGCUUCCCGUCCUGCUCCUGGGCCGCCUGCGGCAGGAGACCAAGACCGACUGAUCGCCUUCUUCCCGCCCGGGGCUCGUUGGCCCCGUGGACCACUGGCCCCAGCUCUUCCACUGGUUCCCCUUAUGGAUGAGGCCCACUUGGUCCGGGGUCAAAGGUCAGCGGACGGCUCAAAGGAGUCCUCUCGGCCGGGAACGCCGAGCGCCCAGACCGUUCUCCGUGGAAAUGAUAAUAAAUAAAUGAUAAUAGCAUUU